AUGCACUCUCGCUACCAGGCAAUGGAGCGACUAACAGAAAAUGAACUGCUCUUGAAGGAUAGCCUUGUGGGUGGGCACCGAUACAGUGGGUCUGCAUCAGCUGCUGACCCCUUGGAACGGCAUAGCUUCAUACUUCCGAGUCAUCAAGAAGACAUUUCGUCUCUCUCCGGGGCUGGUGGAGGCAGUAACAUUUCUUCAGGUGGGCAGUUUUUUAGGCGUUUUUUCAGCUUACGCCAAGCCCAACGGCGCAGUCACUCAUUGCUAAGUGAACCUUUGUCGGCUGAUAAGCAUAUCUGCAACCACGGGGCUACUCCAGGCAAGGCUGAUAGGUGGGUUGGUUUGGGCCUCAACAGAGGACAUUUCAGCCAACUACCCAACAGCCUGCAUCAACACAACUCACAAUUGAACUCACCGAAUCAUCGUGCCUACUAUUUGACUGUGAGUGCGAAUAGCCGCCCGCACAGUCAAUGUAGGCCCAGGAGUCCCAGCAAAUACUCUAUCUCCGGGGAGGCGAUUUGCAGUGGAAGUAAAAGGCCCUCAGGGCAUUCAAAUUUGGAUAGCAGUGCUGAUGCUGGUCUAGGCACUCCGAGCGCACACGGAGGCAACUUUAAUGUUGGCGGAAUUGAGGCUGGUUGUGAUGGCCAUGGUGCUAUUGUUGGUCCUAACAUCGCGUCAAGCCUAGGAAAGGGGCAUCGCUACAUUACUCGUCGACACGCAGCGCAAACAGUCGGCUCAGGUUCUGGCCGACGGAACCUGGCAAUAGGAGAGACGAUACAAGAGUCGGUGGAGGAACGCGACCACGUAUCACAGAAGACCUCUGCUCCCAAGAACGCCAUCUCGGAAGUGGCAUCUUCCUUGCAUAACACAAGGCAAUCCCAAGAUCCACAACAAUUUAGGCAGCCUCAACAACAACAGCUACAACUGCCGAUCUCUGUUUCGUCUACUUUAUCUCCGAGUUUGCCGAUUUGCACUAUAGCAACUCUGUCUUCAUUGGCCUCAGGCGAUGAUGAUACGGAUCGUGGUCGCAAACCAUUCAAUGCACCUUCUCUCCCCUUGGGCUCAUCAUCGGUUACAUCCCCUGUGCACUCACCAGACACUCUCAAAAUUCGCUUAACGGCUACAGCCAAACCCAAAAGCGCCUUGAAUGUGACUACUGUGGGAAAGUUCCAAGUGGCUCCAGUAGAAUCACCGCCCGACAGGCUUAGCCCGAUUGAGCGAGGGGCCUGGAUACGCCCAUCUGCUUCAAGCUCACAGCUCACACCGUCUACCAGCAGCGGCAAGGACGGCCUUUGUGCACGCAACGCCUUUGGAUACCAUAAUCCUCCACCUGAGACUAGGACAACCCCUGCCUCUAGACCAACACCAACGAGAUCCAGCGAGUUAGUCGCCGAGGUUGAGCAAAUAUUCCCCGGUGGCGCACAAGACACCACUGUAUUCAAAACCGAAUAG